GUGCACGGCGACGCUGGCUCGCGGACCGCUCGACUAGGAACCCCGGAUACGCGCCAGUCAGCCGACGAAGCGACCAACGACAGCAAAAUGUCGAACGAAGAGAAAGGCGACAGCGGCUCGCACAAGCCGGUGGACCUGGAUAACAUCCUGGUGGAGGAGGUGGGGCAGUUCGGCAAGUACCAGAUAGUCACGUUAUUGCUCGCUGCCUUUCCCGUGAUCUUCUCCGCGUUCGCCUCCGGAGAGUAUAUCUUCACUACCGCCAGGAUAUCCACGAGGUGUUUGAUCCCGGAAUGUGAUGGAGAAAACCCUGUGUUCUCCCCGGACUGGGCGCUGAGUGCCUUCCCCCCGAGUGGCAGUACCUUUAAUGGCUGCGAGCGGUACGUGCGCAGGAACAUUACGAUAGAUGUGGAGGAAGACACCUGCCCCGCGGAACUCUUCGACAACUCGACUACCAAGACCUGCAACAGCCAUAUAUACGAGAACCAGCUCAGCGUCGUCUAUGAUUUCGACAUGGCGUGCGACGAGUGGAAGCGCUCCCAGAUCGGAUCCAUCCGUACUAUCGGCACGUUGCUGGUGCUGCCCAUCACCGGCUACAUCUCGGACCGCUGGGGGCGGCGCGUGGCGCUCACCAUCAAUGCCUUCAACACCGGCUGGAUCGGUCUCGUGCGCUCCUUCGUCAACUCAUACGAAUGGUUCCUGGCGCUCGAAGUGCUCGAGUCCUCUGUGGGAGCUGGAGCGUAUUCUUCUUGUUAUAUUUUAGUGACGGAAUUGGUGGGACCUAAGUACCGUGUGAUAGCUGGUGCCACAAUCUCCACCCUGUUCGCUCUGGGCCAAGUAAUCCUCGGGUUCAUAGCGUGGGGAGUGCCUGCGUGGCGACCGCUCACACAAGUCUUGUACGCGCCACAGUUGUUAGUCGUCAGCUACUUCUGGAUCCUCUCGGAGUCCGUCAGGUGGCUGAUGAGUAAGGGUCGCUAUGAAGAGUCUGAACAGAUUCUGAAGAAAGUGGCCAAAACUAAUAAGAGGGAACUGUCUGACAAGAGUUUGGAAGCGCUGCGAGCUACCGCCGAGGCUGAGAAGAAUACUGUAAAGCCAAAGGAGCCAUGGCUGGUGGUGUUGGUGUUCAGGUCUCGUGUGAUUCUGUCGCGGUGCUUGGUGUCACCGAUCUGGUGGAUCACGAACACGCUGGUGUACUACGGCAUGAACAUCAACUCGGUGAACAUGUCGGGUAACGGGUACCUGAACUACGUGGCGGUGGCGGCCAUCGAGAUCCCUGGCUACUGGACUGCCAUCUUGCUGCUGGACCGCAUCGGUCGCAAGCCUGUGCUCAUCUGCGCGUACUGGCUGUGCGCUGCCUGCCAGUUCUCGUUCGCUUUCAUGCCUGAAGGUAACGAGGGUAUCCAGUUGGCGCUAUACCUGUUCGGCAAGUACUGUAUCGCCAUCGUGAUGACCUCGGUGUACGUAUACACGGCGGAGCUGUACCCCACCAAGUACCGCCACAACCUGUUCGCGUUCUCCUCCAUGGUGGGCCGGCUCGGAUCCAUCACGGCGCCGCUCACACCAGCUCUUGCUUCGGAAGUUUGGGAGCCAUUCCCCUCGGUCCUGUUCGGUAGCUUCGCUCUACUAUCUGGCAUGUUGAUCUUCACGACGCCGGAGACGCUGGGCACCAAGCUACCAGACACCUUCGAGGAUGCGGAGCAGCUCGGCAAGAAGAAAACUACCACGUGAUCUCAUUACUAUUGUACCUAUUUAAUAUACUUAGUCAAUUAAUACAUAAUUAUUAUAAUUGUAAUAAAUAUAAUAUUUUAUUCA